UAUUAAGGACCACGAAGUUUAUUCAGCCGUGAAUAAUAAAGAACGAGAGCAAUUACAUAAGGAUUACCAUGAAGUUUAUUCCGAACUAAAAGAAGUUUACGGGAUUAGGCACAAUAUCCAAGCCAAAGAAGAAAGGCAAAAUAAUCCAGAAAUAGACAUGAUUAAGGCCCCUUUUUUAGCCCUUGAACGAGAUAAACAAAGGGAAAGAAUGAAAAGUAUUAAAGAUUUUGAGAAUAAAGGAGGCUGUGAUGGCAAACAUAUUUUAAGUUAUGGCAGUUUAGGGGAACACCAGGCUGAAAUGAUUAUGGAGGAAGAAAUGGAAAAUUUGGAAGAAGAAAAGUCGGAACAAAAAGAAACCGAACAGUCCGAGAAAGUAAAGGAAAUUUUAAUUGAGAAAAAAUAA